AUGGCAGCGGCUGCGGGCGGCGGAACCAAGGCGAGCGCCAACAUGUGGGCCGUGCUCGCCGACGAUGAUCCCGGCGACAACGAGGCAGCCAAGAGACUUGAGAGGGACACCAAGGGCAGAGAAGCCACGGAAUACAAGCACCAGCAGACGAUGGCGACGGCGGCCUCGGAGGCCGCCGUCGGCAACGCGCAGAGCAGCGCCGCCGGGACGUACGGUCGCAACGAGAAGAAGGCGCGGAACGAGCGGAGCAGGAAGCAGAGGAAGAAGCUGCAGCCGGUAGCGGUGGCCAAUGGCGAUGCUAACAAAGCCGUCGUCGUACAGGCAGAGGAGGCCACGGCUCAAAGGAAAAAAUCAUGCCUGGGUUCGAGAAAAGAAGCCUUCCGUGAGGACCGUGACCCUGACUCUCUCUUCUCUCUUCCAGUUCCAGUUCCAGUUCCAAGAAGGUCCGGGUUGGUAUUUGCAUUGGAUUCCGACUGCAGGAUCCGAAGCAUACGCCGUACAGACCGGGCUGGGAGAUCUGUGCCACGCCGUUCGAUCGAAGAGAAAACGUCGGGCUACACAAACUCCGAUGGACACUUACUGUACUAUAUAGGAGUAGAUCGCGUCGUUGCCAUGGAUUGGAUUGGAUCGCUCAAUCGACCCGCCGGCGACAUGGCAGCGGCUGCGGGCGGCGGAACCAAGGCGAGCGCCAACAUGUGGGCCGUGCUCGCCGACGAUGAUCCCGGCGACAACGAGGCAGCCAAGAGACUUGAGAGGGACACCAAGGGCAGAGAAGCCACGGAAUACAAGCACCAGCAGACGAUGGCGACGGCGGCCUCGGAGGCCGCCGUCGGCAACGCGCAGAGCAGCGCCGCCGGGACGUACGGUCGCAACGAGAAGAAGGCGCGGAACGAGCGGAGCAGGAAGCAGAGGAAGAAGCUGCAGCCGGUAGCGGUGGCCAAUGGCGAUGCUAACAAAGCCGUCGUCGUACAGGCAGAGGAGGCCACGGCUGUCGGCAGUGACGAGUCUGACGGCGAGGAGGAGAGUACCAGCUGCUGCCGGACGGUGAUAGGCAGGCUGCUGCGUGCGGCAGUGGCGGCGGUCCUCAUCGCCUUCUGGGUGCAUGCUGCUGCGCCGGCUCACACCGCAACAUGA